CUUUCAGAAAGAAUAUAAUCACACAUGAUAGAAUUUUCUAUAAAGAGUUUUUGAAAAGACAAAGACUGUCUUCUGCCAUUGGAAUCAUUUAAUGAAUAUAAUGCCUCCAAGGUAGGUAGAAAAGUAUAGGCGGUGUCUGUUUCCCUGUCCUUUAGUUGUAUGGAUUAAUUGUACCCAAAAUCAAGUUGGAUAAUAUCAAAACCAUAGGUAGCUAUCAUAAAACAAAAGACAAUAAUUCUUGCUUUGUAUUUUGGCAACACCAUAUUAACGCAAGGCCGACCAGAAUCGUACAUAUGAGCUCGCCAUGUUAAAGGCGGUGCUGUCAGUUCUCUGCUUCUAAGCAAUUAGUGAUUGCCUUGGGCAGGAUGCUUGAGACACGCUUUAUCAAUAACUUGGUGCCACUUUAUCGAUUUCUACUGCCUUUCUAUAUUUUUUUUUUUUUCUCAAUUUAUUGCUACUAUUUAACUAUUGAUCCCCACUAUUUUUCCCUUUCUUCAAUGGUUUUUUUUUUUUCAUGCUGUACAGUUUGUAUAGUCGAUUGAUGGAAGCAGCAGUUGUUAAAGGGUGCAUAAUUAGUGAGAGACGGUGCAAAAGAUCUAUUGCUGAGGUAUAGUCAUCGCUCUUCGAUUCGCAAUUUGUUUGUUUGAAACAAGUCACAUUAGCCUUGAUGAAAGGAAGUCUGGGGUUAAAGGAUCACUGACAGCUGUGGGUGAAAAAGAGCAGAAAAAUAGAAAUCUAAAGCGGAGGACGUGGGUGUUGUAGGGAACCAUCUCUGUAAUUCUUAA